ACCAACUAAUAGUUGCGCUAAAUAAGGCGGGUGUGUUUACGUUUGGUAUUGUGACUGUUGAGAGUUAGGAUUUUGUCGGUAGAUCGAUUUUAUCUUAAUUUUGAGAUAGAAAAUGCCACCGUUUGGCACGAUUGCUCUGUUUGUCUUAUAGUUAUAUCAAAGCUUGUUUCAAAAGUACAGUAACACUGGCACGACCUGAUCCCAUCUGACACUGACGGCAAAAAGCAAAAGAACUGUGUGAAUGGCUGAGGAGCGGACGAGAGAGCCAGCUGGUCUGGAUGGACUGCCACCGAUGUACAGCAUACUGAAAGGAGAGGUGGUCUCUGUGACAGCAUAUGGUGCUUUUGUCAAAAUUACGGGUUACAGGAAACAAGGCCUGGUUCACAAGAGUGAGAUGUCUGCCUGUCGGGUAGAAAACCCAGCUGAAAUUGUUGAUGUAGGCGAACAAGUUUGGAUAAAAGUCAUUGGCAGAGAGAUUAAUGGUGAUAAAGUCAAACUCUCCUUCUCUAUGAAAGCCGUCAAUCAAGGAACUGGGCGGGACCUAGACCCCAACAAUGUAAUGGCAGAACAGGAUGAACGCAGACGAAGGCAGUUCAAAGAUCACACAGGGCAGAGGAUCACCUUGGAGGCUGUGCUCAACACCACAUGCACAAAGUGUGGCUGCAGAGGUCACUUUGCAAAGGACUGCUUCUCAAAGCCUGGACUGCAGUACAGUUUAGUGCCAGAAGAGGAGGAGGAGCCAGCUGUUCAGAGCACCCAGUCAGAGCCUCAGAAACGUAAAAAGGAAAAGAAGGCAAAGAAAGAAAAGAAGAAAAAGAAAGACAGGAAGAGAUACAGCUCUUCAUCUGAUAGCAGCGAUGAUGAUGCCAAGAGGCCACGACUUCCACAUUCUGAGAAAAAGAAAAAAAACAAGAAGCACAAACGCAAAACAAAGUGAUUGUGAAUCAGGUUCUUACUCAAUAUGUUUGCCUGGUUUUCCAGCACAAGUACUGUAUCUUAACAUCCUUAAAACAAGACACAUUUACUUGAGAAUCAUAAUGACUUAAAGAUAUUAAGUCUUGUUUUCAGAGAAAUCUAAGAAAAUCUAGUGGGGUUUAUGAGGGUAAGUGCACCCCAAAAGUGAAAAUUCUGUCAUCAUUUACUCAUCCUCACAUUGUUCCAAACCUAUAUGACUUUCUCUUCCGUAAACCACACAUACAACAAAAAAUAAUAAUGUUAGGCAGUAUGUUAGUCUUGGUCACUAUUUACUUUCUUUGCAUUUUUUUUCCCCCAUAGUGAAUGGUAACUUAGGCAAACAUUCUGUCUAAUAUCUUUUGUCUUACACAAAAGAAAGAAAGUCAUAUGGCUUUAGAACAACCUCAGGGUGAGUAAAUGACACAAUAUUAAUUUUAGGUGAACUAUUCCUUUAAAUUAAGCAUAACUAUGUGCCAGUGGGGUGAGAAUUGAAUUUAUUGAAUCAAGUUUAUUUAUCUUACCUCAGUGGCAAAUAUUUAAUUUCUUGUUUUAAGCAUAAAUCGAACUAAAUUUGGUUAGAAAAAAAAAAAUAUAUAUAUAUUGUUUAUCAAGUAAAUGUUUCUUAUUUUAAAGGAAUAUUCCAGAUUCAAUACAAGUUGAGCUCAAUCGACUGCAUUUGUGGAAUUAUAUUGAUUACCGCAAAAUAUAAUUUUGACUUGAGCAAAAAUCUGUGCUCCAGUGUGGCACUUACAAUGGAAGUGAAUGGGGCCAAUCCGUAAAAGUUAAAAUACUCACUGUUUCAGAAGUAUAGCCACAAGAUGUAAACAAUAUACUUGUUAACAUGAUUUUAGUGUGAUAAAAUGGCUUACUAACCUUUUCUGUGUAAAGCCAUGAUGAUGUAAUGUCAACAAACCCUAAAAUGACUGUAAAAACUUUACAGCUCAAUUAAUACAUAAAUUUUAACUAAAGAAUUAAUGUGAGUGCUUUUAUAAAACUAUAAGCUUCACAUUUCUGCCUUUAAACCCUCCAAAAAUUGGCCCCACUCACUUCCAUUGUAAGUGCUUCACUGUAACCGUGAUAUUUACAGUGGUGUAUAGAAAGGGAGGGACAGUUUUGUGCUAACAAAUGCUGUCGAUUGAGCUUAACUUGUAUUGAACCUGGAAUAUUCCUUUAAGGAUGCUUGGAUUUUUUACUUGAAAACAGGACACAUAUGUUUAGCAAGAAAAUUUGUUUUUGCAGUGCAAUUAUGAUAUUGUAUGUAAAACAAUUGUGCAUGUAUGCAUUUAUGUGAGUGGAAAUUAACAGAUGUGUGUAGCUGCAUACAUUUUGAAAUGCAUUUGUUUAAAUUAAAAGUUGAAGUGAAUAUGA